AUGCCUCAACACGAGAUGACCAAGUCAGACUCGGAACGAAUCCAGUCCUCGCAGGCUAAAAGCGGAGGGGACAUGUCUCUUGGAGGAUUCGCCUCGCGCGCCCUGUCUGCCGGGACUGCUGGGUCAAUUCCCAGUCCUCGGCCACUGCUUCCGGCCACGCGGACUCGGGUGCCGGAUCUGCAGGCGGAUCUCAUUCGGCCGCACCUGGCGGUGAUGCGGGGCAGGGAAGAAGAUAAAAUUGAUCCUGAAGCGGAGGACAGUUGGUAG